UUUCGCUUUGCUGCCCCCGACGCAACCUCAUGCUGCUCAUGUCGGACUGGGUGCUGAAGCACUACCACGAGAUCCCGAUCGUCAUUGGCGCGGCCCUCGCCGCCGUCCUCCUCGGCGUCAUCAUGCUCUACAUCUGGGUCGCCUCGCGCCAAGUGCGUCCGCGCAAGACGCGCGCGCUCUCGGUCGACGCCCGAUCGGAUGGAACGGCGUCGGCGCCGGGGUCGCCCAAGGCCAAGCACAUGCGCAAGCGCAUGUCUUUUGACGCGGACGUCGACUACGAAGUCAACGAGCUCCGCGAAGAAGAGAAGGAGCUCGGCGAGCGCGACGCCAACAUCAUGUGGCUCAAGGCGCAGGUCUGGAGCGAGGACCAGCUGCAAAUGUACUCGGGUCUCACCAAGAUGUUCUUCUCGUCGUUCGAGAACGAGUUUAUGGAAGUGAUCAUUCGGCAUGUCGAAGCGGUCGAGUAUGCCCCCGACGCCAUCAUCUUUGAACGCGCCGUCCACGACGGGUCGCUGCUCAUGGUCGCCCGCGGCUCUGCGCUCCUCGCUGCCUUCUACGAAGACAAGGUCUACUCGAGCGCGAUCCCGAAGGACGAAUGCCUCACGUCGACGCUCGUGCAGCUCCAAACUCUCUUUCACGACCCGUCGGUCGCGCGUCUCGACCUGGAAGCGCGCGCCGGUCCCGAGGGUGCCACGGUCCUGCGUAUCGAUCAGUCGGUGCUGCUUGAAGCCAUGGAGCUCCACCCAAAGAACCAACUUCAGCUCGCCCAAGUGGCCCUCGCGCAGCUGGACCGUGUCACCGCGCGGUCGCUCAUCGACUAUUUUGGCCUUGUCAACCACGUGAUCCAUCCGGUGCCGCUCUUUGAGGUGCCCGCCGACCGCAGUGAGGUCGCCCACGUCGUGGCGCAUGCCCUCGGUCUCGACUUCAAGGAGCUCGAGGAGCAAUUCCGUCUCGGGUGCCGGCUCUUGACGCUCGAAGAUGGCUGGCUUCUCCAGGACCAAAAAGAGCAGCGGUCGAGCAACGCCGCGGACGUGUACUUUGUCGUUGAAGGCGCGAUUGCCGUCGACGUGGCCAUGUCGAUGGGCAACGUGACCGACACGCUUGUCAAGAUGUACGAGGCGACGCCGGGCUGUGCCAUUGGUGUGAGCACCGCCAUCACCGGUGACGCCGGCAUGGUCGAAGCGCGCACGAUUGGCACUACAACCGUGCUGCACUUGGACGGCAACGUCUUUCGGUCGCUUUUGCGACACGCGUCGUUUGUCUCGAGUUGCGUCAAGCACGUGCUGCGCCAGUACGACCCCAUGGUGCCGAUGCUCGACAACUUUUUCGAAUGGAUCCACCUCAACAGCGGCGACUCGCUCUUCCACGUCGGCGACGAGUGCGACUCGACGUACACGCUCUUGACCGGUCGCCUCCGCGCCAUCCAAGAUCACGUGAGCACGACGGGCGCCAUUGUCAAGACGAGCAACGAGCUCAUGAAGGGCGCGACGCUGUGCGCGCUCGACAUGCUCGCCUCCCGGCGCAGUGCGUCGACGGUCUAUGCCAUUCGCGACUGUCAAAUCUCCAAGAUGCCCCGUGUCAUCUUCGACUACAUUUUGCGCGUCUACCCCGACGUGCUGGCCCACGUGACGCGCGAAGUGGCAUACCGCUCCACGAAUGCGCUGCCGCAGAGCAAGACGUUUCCGCUGCUCGGCACGCGCAACGCUGGCGCGUCGCCCCAACUUCCUGUCGGUACGAUCGCCGUCCUGGCUGCGAGCAAGGACGCGUGCGUGCACGAGUUUAGCGACAUGCUGGCCAAAGCGCUCAACACGCUGGCGACCACCGAAGUCGUCUCGUCGCAAAAGGCGAUCGAGGUGUUUGGCGGGCAGUGGCGGUCGCUCUCUGCGAUUGCACGCUCGCGCAUGUCCAACUGGCUCGCCGAGGUCGAGAGUGUCAACCAGCUCGUCUUGUACGAAGCCGACACGACGCUGACCGAGUGGACGCGGCUGUGCAUCCGGCAAGCCGAUCACAUUUUGCUGCUCACGUCCGAGACAUCAGAAUUUUGGAUCGACGAGCUCCAAGGUCUGUUGCGAUCUGCGUACGAGCGCAAGAAGGUUGAAAUCAACCUCGUGCGGCUCCGCCGCGACACGGACGACAUGUCGACGCCGAUGAAGAAGGUCGACUCGCGCGACUGGAUUAGCUACUCGCACAACAUUCGUGUGCCGUUUUCAAAGUACGAGAGCGACCUGCUCCGUAUCUCGCGGCGUGUGACCGGUCGGUCGAUUGGCAUCGUCCUCGGCGGUGGCGGCGCCCGUGGCCUCGCCCACAUUGGCGUCCUCAAGGCGCUGGAAGAGUGUGGUAUUGAUGUGGACGUUGUCGGUGGCACGAGUAUGGGCGCGUUCAUGGCCGGCCUGUACGCCCAGUACCCCAAGGACUUGGAAAAGGUGGUUGAAAAAUCCCGCAGCUUUGCGAAAUCCAUGGGCAGUCUCUGGAAGAAGUUUUGCGAGCUCACGCUCCCGAUCGCGUCCUUCUUUACGGGCGUUGGCUUCAACAGCAUCAUUCACCAAGAGUUUGGCGACAUUCGCAUCGAGGACCUCGUGCUCAAUUUCUUCUGCAUCUCGACCGACAUUGUCAAGUAUCGCACCGGUGUCCACCGCGCGGGCCUUCUGUGGCGCUACGUGCGCGCGUCCAUGUCGCUGCAAGGGUACCUCCCGCCGAUUUCGGACAAUGGCUCGCUUCUCCUCGACGGCGGAUACGUCAAUAAUUUGCCCGCGGACGUGAUGAAGGAAGAGGGUAUCAACAUUAUUGUGGCCGUCGACGUCGGUGGCGACCCCGAGUGGAGCUACUACGAGUACGGCGACUCGCUCUCGGGCUGGUGGCUCCUCAAGAACAAGCUCAACCCGUUUGAGCGCACGGCCCAAGUGCCGUCGAUGGGCGACGUCUCGGCCGCACUCGCCUACUGCUGCUUUGAGCAAAACAAGGACAACGUCAUCAACACUUGCGUCGAUCUGUACCUCAAGCCGCCGGUCCAGCACAUUGGCACGCUCCAGUUUGAACGCCUCGACGACGCGAUCCAGGUCGGCUACGAGUACGCGUUGCCCAAGAUCAAGGACUGGAUGCAGCGCCAGCCGCACCUCUUCAAGCUGCGCCGCCAACUGAGCCGCGCGUCGCCAGCUCUUUAAGGCAGUGCAGCCUCAUAUCGUAUUGUGCGUCUCCGUGUCUGUCGUUCGACUUGCGGUCGCUGGAACGGUGUUGAAAACGGGAUUAGGGUUGAACCAUUUCUACUUUUUUAUAGUCGAAACAUAUAUAUCAACGCUUGCCAAUCGACA